AUGGCCACUAGGUGCCCUCAACAACCUCCUCGGUUACCUUAUCAUUACCUGAUAGAUGAAGCCUUUAGACCAAAGGGGCCAGCUACUACUGCCCCUGAAUGGACGAAGGGACAAGAUAACCAAAACACGCUGGUUCGUCUUGGCCCCUCUACGCUACUGGACUCCCUGCAACCGCCGACCAACCGCCCACUUUGGCGUCAUGUGUCAGGCGUACUUCAUUUAUUCACUAAGGGUGACAUGACGGUCUCACCGUUCACCGGUGUUUACACAGUACGACAAGCAAGAGCAUGUUCUGAAAAUGGUUUAAAGACCGUUGUUGGGGUCACACCGGUUGAUACUGUGAAAUAA